AUGGCUAAAUUGACUUGGUUCAAUAUCGCCAUCUGCCUGGUCGUCUCUUGGGGAGGAUUUGCCUAUGGCUUUGGCUUCGCCAUCUUUGUCACCAGCAUCGGACAGCCCAGCUUUUACAAGUACUUCGAUCUCGAUCGUGACAUCCUCGGAGCGAUCAAUGCACUUUUCAAUUUCGGGUUGGCUGUCGGUGCUCUGGCACAGGGCUGGCUGGUUGACGUGGUCGGAAGGAAGAGAGCCUUCUAUAUUGCAGCCGUAUCCUCCCUCGUGGGAGCCGCUCUGAUCACCGGUUCGACAGUGAUCGGUAUGCUCAUCACAGUUCGUCUGCUGCAUGGCUUUGGUCUGGGAAUGCUCAUCUGUCUUGUGCCACUUUACUUGACGGAGGUUGCGCCACCGCGCCACCGCGGUUCGCUCAGUGGGCUGACAACAUUGAGCUUCGGCAUGGGAUAUGUCACUUGUGCAUGGCUCUCCAUUGGCACCUAUUAUGCAAAAGAAUUCAACAUUCAGGUCCGUGUGCCGCUGGCACUUGCUAUGGUCGGACCGCUCGCCCUCCUCGCCGGGCUACCUUUUAUUCCUGAGUCCCCUCGAUACCUAUGCCUGAAGAACAGACCCAGUGAGGCCUGGGCAGUGCUCCGCAGGAUCCAUCACGAUCCGGACGACGAGGCUGACUCCGCAGCCCAUGCCGAGUUUGUGCAAAUCAAGAGACAGGUCGAGUUCGAGAAGGAGCAAAAGGCCGGAUACAUUGAAAUGUUCAGGAAGCCCUCCUGGCGGAAGAGGAGCUUGCUCGCCAUCUUUAUUCAGUCAGUUCUUUCCGGAAACGACGUGAUCCUAGGCAUUGCGAAUUUCCUUGUCCUGAUCUUCGGGAGCUUGGGAAUGACGGGCGUCAUGCCCCUGCUGCUCUAUGCGCUGUACUCCACAAUUGGCACGAUCUUCGUCGCGAUUGCCAUCUUCACAGUCGAUAGAGUUGGACGGAGAACCAUGUUCCUCGUCGGUUUCCCUGCCAUGGCCGUCUGUCUGCUUCUCGAAGGUGUCCUCCAAUCGCGGUACCUCGGCACCGACCACAAAGCCGGACUAGCAGGCUGUGUGGCGGUCAUCUACGUGUAUAUCGUCGUGUUCCAGUGCGUGGAUGGCCCUGCCUUCAUCUGGAUGUCUGAAAUCUUCCCGACCAACAUCCGAGGCCGGGGUAUUGGACUGGGCUUCUUCUCCUACUUUGUCGGUGCCAUCACCUACACCACUCCAUCGGCGCUGGCAUUCAAGAACAUUAAAUACAACAUGUACUUUCUGUACAUGGGACUAUGCAUCAUCUCCACCAUCAUCGUGUACUUCUACAUCCCCGAGACGAAGCGCAUUCCCGUCGAGGAGAUCGGCGCCCUCUUCGGUGACGAGGUUGUCGUGCACUUGACCGAGGAUGGUCAUGGCAUUAUCGAGGAGCAAAUGGAAAUCAAGCUGGCGGGUGAGGAUGUCCGUGUAGCCGAGGUGCAUCACGCCGAAAAGGCUUGA